CUGCCCUUUCGUUAUCCCACAAUGCACUGAACUGUCACUUACAUGUGUAAAUAUAGCGAAAUUGCAAGUCGUCUGGAGACCUUUUCUCAUCAAUGCAGUUGUUUGCAUGAUGAUCAUUGAAUCUAAAAGAGAAAUCCUCUUCAGUUAAAUAUUCUCAGUCGUUGAAGUCCGGAGAUCGACCCGUGGGUGAACUUUCGUGGGCGCAAAGUUGAAGAGGAAGUGAAGUUCUUCAAUGAAUCAAAUCCAAAAUGGCCUCUACAAACGUUAGUUUGGACGACAUAGACUUGUCAAGUUUGAGGGAUCCAGCAGGAAUCUUUGACCUGAUUGAAGUAGUUGGAAAUGGAACCUAUGGUCAAGUAUACAAGGGUAGACACACCAAGACCGGACAAUUGGCAGCCAUUAAAGUCAUGAAUGUCACAGAGGAUGAAGAAGAGGAGAUCAAACUGGAGAUUAAUGUCCUGAAAAAGUUUUCUAACCACAGAAACAUUGCCACGUACUACGGGGCAUUUAUCAAGAAGAGUCCACCGGGGAAAGACGACCAAUUAUGGCUGGUGAUGGAAUUUUGUGGAGCAGGAUCAGUAACAGACUUGGUCAAAGCCACAAAAGGUAGCAGUCUGAAGGAGGAGUGGAUAGCCUAUAUUGGAAGAGAAAUGCUACGGGGACUAGCACAUUUACAUGGCAACAAAGUGAUUCACCGUGAUAUCAAAGGACAGAACGUCCUGCUGACAGACAAUGCAGAAGUCAAACUAGUUGACUUUGGAGUGAGUGCCCAGUUAGACAAAACUAUUGGCAGAAGAAACACCUUUAUAGGAACACCUUACUGGAUGGCUCCAGAAGUCAUUGCCUGUGAUGAGAAUCCAGAUGCCACGUAUGACAACAGGAGUGAUCUUUGGUCUCUGGGUAUAACAGCAAUAGAAAUGGCGGAGGGAAAACCACCUUUGUGUGAUAUGCAUCCAAUGAGAGCGCUCUUCCUAAUACCCAGAAAUGCUCCACCGAGAUUAAAAUCCAACAAAUGGUCCUCAAGAUUUUCCAAUUUUGUGGAGACCUGUCUACUGAAGGAUUAUAUGCAGCGACCAAACACAGAGACAUUACUGAGACAUCCCUUUAUAAAGGACCAGCCCACAGAAAGACAGGUCCGCAUUCAACUGAAGGACCACAUUGACAGGCACCGCAAAAAGAGGCCAGAUGAUGAAGACAAUAUGACAGAAUGGGUGCCUAGUGAUGUGGAGGAAGAGGAGGACACAAACAUGGCUGGAGAACCCAGCACGGCGAGGCGAAGGGACAGCCGGCAGGACCCGAACAGACCAGUCUCCAUCCUUCAGAUUCCUGGAGAGUCCACACUGAAGCGAAACUUCCAACUGAUCCAACAAAGGGAGGGCCACCCCCAGAAUUCCCGCCCUGUACCCGUCCAGCAGCAAGGUCGUCAGGGUCAAAGGCCGUCCAGUUCAAAGCAGGGAUGGCCCGGACCUUACCAACCACCACACCAUGGUCCACCACGGCAGCAACAGAUAUCUAGACCACCGCAACCUAUAGCAAAGGAAAAAUCCCAGGAAAAAAGCAGCGAACCGAAGCACGAGGACAAUAGUGAAUCUGGGUCAGAGGAUGAACAUCCAGAACAGAGACCAUCAAGUAAAGCACAGAAACCUGAGGACCUAGAUAAAUAUGCCAAACAACUGAUAGAUAUGUUUCCCGAGGAGAAGGGGUCCUCCGAUGAGGAAGAGGAGAAUGAGGAGGAGAGUGUGACAAGGGAUGGAACUCUUCUUGCCUCUGACCCUGCCAGACCUCUAAAGAGAAAUGCUAUUCCAACAGGGGGUUUUAACCAUGACACAUUAGAAACUCUGUCUUCCAUGGUCAUCCAUACUGACAUUUCCUCAUCUUCACACUCCAAUCAAAGCCAGGGCAAUAAAGUCAGCGAGAAUGCACGUAACCGUGACAAUGAUGAUGGGACACUGGUCGUCCGGAGGGUAAGUUUAAAUAAUAAAUCUGAGAAUGUUUUGGGGGAUAAAGCACAAAGAGCCAAACUCGGAAAGGCCAACUCCAACCCAGUGGGAUCCUCUGGUCAUCCAAGUGUUCUUCCCUCACCACGACACAGCGCCAGCAGUGGAGUACUGCCUGAUCUCCUGCCACCACACACCCCACCCCAGUCCAGGUCUGCCCUCACCCCCCAGAGACCGCAGGACAAAACCACAUCCGAUGAGUAUCGGCAAGCUGUCAGUAACACCUCGGACGGAGGAGGACUGCGACACCAUCCCCGAUCUUUUUCUGCCUUUGGAUUCGGGGCCUCCGAGGGUUCCACAAUAACAUCCCAGUCAUCUCGCAGAGGGUCACAAAUCAAUGUCAAUGUGGCCCCAACACAGCCCAUGUCUGAGGCACUGAGCGACACACCUGAAAUUCGCAAAUAUAAGAAAAAAUUUUCAUCUGACAUCUUGUGUGCUGCAUUAUGGGGGGUGAACUUACUCAUUGGGACAGAGAAUGGCUUAAUGUUGUUAGACAGAAGUGGACAGGGGAAAGUUUACACAUUGAUCUCACGGAGACGCUUCCAGCAGAUGGAAGUGUUGGAGGGACAGAACAUCCUCGUUACUAUCUCUGGAAAGAAAAAUAAAAUCCGAGUUUACUACCUGUCAUGGCUGAACAACAAAAUCUUCAAAAAAGAAGCGAAUGACAGAAGAAAUGGUUGGGUGAAUGUUGGUGAAUUGGAGGGCUGUGUUCAUUUCAAAAUAGUGAAGUAUGAGAAAAUUAAGUUCCUUGUGAUAGCGCUGCAGGAGAGUAUAGAAAUCUACGCCUGGGCCCCCAAGCCUUACCACAAAUUCAUGGCGUUUAAGUCUUUCACUGAUCUAGUCCAUAAACCGUUAAUAGUUGACUUAACGGUGGAAGAAGGUCAAAGGUUAAAGGUUCUGUAUGGUUCCCAUAAUGGUUUCCAUGGCAUUGAUGUGGAUGAGAUGCUGGCCUAUGACCUGUACAUUCCCUCACAUACUCAAGCUCCCAUCCUGCCUCAUACCAUUGUGAUUUUACCAGACACCAAUGGCAUGGAGCUCCUGUGCUGUUACGACAAUGAGGGAGUGUAUGUCAACUCCAGUGGACGAGUCACAAAAAACGUCAUUUUACAAUGGGGAGAAAUGCCAACAUCUGUCGCUUACAUCAGCACUGGUCAGAUAAUGGGCUGGGGAAAUAAAGCCAUAGAAAUCCGAGCUGCUGAGACCGGACAUCUAGAUGGAGUGUUCAUGCACAAGAAAGCCCAGAAACUCAAAUUUCUCUGUGAGAGAAAUGACAAAGUCUUCUUUUCGUCGAUGAGGUCUGGUUCUAGCUGCCAGAUUUACUUCAUGACUCUGAACAAACCAGGACUGGCUAACUGGUGAAAAGAAUUAAUUACCAUGGAGAUAUUUUAACUUCUCAGGGUAUUUUGUGAAGAAAUACACCAAUGAGACUUGUGCUGUGGUUACCAUGCCAACAAUACAGCAUGUUGAAGAACAACAAGAGAGUAACCAUGGACAUUUUAUAUGAAAAUGGAACUUCUUGAAACUAUGUGUAGAUCUGAAAAUGUGCAGCUAUAUUUACUGUGCAUUGUCUUUUGAAUACAUUUCGUUUGUCUCUUCAUUCCAGAAAGAGAGAAGACAAGGUUUCUCUAGCCCUCCUAUAACAUGUGCUCUGUAAGAAUAUGUAUAUUUUGAAGUUUACUUGAUAAGAAAUGAUAAUACUCAAACAAGUGCUAAAUUAUUUUCCUCUGCCACGUGUAUAGCAUUCUGUUAGGGUUGAAAUCCUGAACAGAAUGUUUUUGCUUGUCUGAGCCAGUUGCUUCAGAGAGCUACCUAGAUCAAAGUUUGCCCAUUGUUUUUAUUUUCCCCAUUCUGAUUACCUGUCUGUAACGUGGACAAAUGUACACCGAACAAUCCACAGCUACUUCAGAUUUUUUUCGGGUGAGCUUUGUGUGGCUGUGGCCCGUGGGUCUAUUUUUGUGGAAUCCCAUGACUUUGACUGCAUCAAACAAUGGAGAGGUUCAGCAUACAAUCAUAUACAAUUACAUGCAACUGUACAUUAUUUAGGCCUGACUAGAGAGUUAGCUUCAAUGGAUCAGAACCACUGUGUACAAUUAUAAGUGCAAAUUACUUUGGUCUAAUGAGAUCAGGCUGGAUGGGUACAUGUUGAAGGGUUUGGUCACUCAUUUCGUUCACUUCUUUCUCAAGUUGCUGAAGCAUAGUAGUUUCAUAGAUGAUAAUAUACAUUGACUGUACAUUUCAAGACAAAGAGAUCCUUUCAUGUACAUAAAUUUAUUUCAUUAACGAUGCAAAAGAAAUAUUGAAAAGAUGCAAGUUAGUAUGUUUUGUACUAUGCUACUAGCAAAUUGUGAACAACACCCAUGUUCUUGUACCAGUUCAUAUGCUUUAUCUCUCUAAUACAUUCAGGAAGGACUUAAAUGAAAGCAUUUUUUAUGUUGGUUUUAUGUCUUAGGAAACACCCCAUUCUAGUCAGUGUCUGGAUUUUUUUAAAGGUGUGACUUGUUGAAGAUGUCAGAAUAUAUGACUUAUUUUUACUUUUUGUGGUGAAUCACUACCAUUCUGUGAUACUGAGGACUAAGUUGUGUAGAUACUGUAUAUAUAUAUAGUUUGUAGAAAAAAAUUAUCCAAUGUCAUGUCAAUGUGUAGAUUGUCUUUAAUUGUCACUGUAUUUAUUCUGUUCGAAAUUCUAUUUUUUAAUUAGUAAAUGUUAAUUUAAUGAAAUCCAAUAACUUGUGAAAAUGAUUAUAAUGAUGUCCAAGAAGUGUCGAUGGAAACAUAAAUAUCUUAUUCAAAAUUAUAAAUGAAUAAGUAGUUCAAAAUCAUGAUUUUGAGAAUUUGUUAGGAGGAAUAUUUUUUGAGUCAUUUAUUAUUUUUUCCAAAAAAUUAAAGAGGGUGGGUCGUUGUUGAUUUUCACCUUUACAUUAACAUUGAGUAGAAAUCAUGGCCAUCAAGCUGAACAUGAAAGUUUCUUCUCAGAGGAAAAAGACUGACAUCAUUUUCGUGUCGGUGACAGUCGCUGCCUGGAAAUGGCACUAAAUUAAAUUUGUAAAUCGUGUAUGCCUUGUAUAAUGGUGGGUUUGAGUGUGAUCAGUAUUAGGAUGUGUCUCAGUGAGAUUGUAUAUUCAUUUGUCAAGCUUAGAAACAAGUGCAAUUUUGAUACUGAAAAUAAAUGCAUCUGCAAUUUAAAA